AUGAAAGAUAAUAGCAUUCCUCUUUAUGCGUCGCCUCAGUUGGGCCAGACUGUUACCUCCUACGCGGAGCAAUACUCAACCACGCUGCCCAAGUACAUCAGCGAUUAUCAUGCCGAGAUCUCUGCUAAUCGCGAAGACUCCAACUAUAUGAGUUCUGUCUUUCAAUCCCAGUUUAACAAAUUUCUCGUCAAGUCCACUGGCACCAAGAGAGUCCUUGAAAUCGGUGUCUACAUUGGAUUCUCUGCCCUUGUCUGGGCUGACGCCGUCGGCCCAGAUGGACUUGUCACAGGAUUGGAAUUUGAAACCGAAUAUGCCGACUUGUCUAAGAAAGCCUUUGAGGCGAACGGAGUGAAGAACGCAGAGAUCAUUGUUGGUCCUGCGUCUGAAUCUCUACCUAAACUCAAUCCUUCUGAGCCAUAUGACCUUGUCUUUAUAGAUGCGGACAAGACCGGGUAUCCUGGGUACUUGAGGCAGCUUCUCGAACUGUCGAAGCCCGGCAACUCCAACAGACUUCUUCGUCCAGGAGCACUCAUUGUCUCAGAUAAUGUUCUACGUCGAGGUCUGGUCGCUGACGACAAGGCACUUGGCGACGACAAGCUUGAGGGGGACCAACUGAAAAACAUCUUGGCUAUCCGUGAGUUCAAUGAGAUGGCACUGAACAGCCCUCGCCUUGAGACGUUUCUUCUUCCCCUGUGGGACGGUGUCAAUAUUUCACGCUUGAUCGAUUAG